AUGCCGACCCGCACCAACGCUGCGAGGGACACGAAUCCGAGCGGGACUGGUGCUCCACCACGCGCUCCGUCCAACAGCUAUCGUGACUCGACGCUAAACAUCUUCGCUCUGCUGCUUGCCUUCCGCAUCGUCAACGCACUAACCCUGCGCUCCUUUUUCCAGCCCGACGAGUUCUUCCAGUCCCUCGAACCUGCAUGGCAGCUUGCGUUUGGCCCCGCCAGCAAUGCCUGGAUCACCUGGGAAUGGAGAUCCCAAUUGCGGUCGUCCCUGCAUCCAGCGCUAUUCGCUGCCGUCUAUCGAGUCGCGGCACAUGGUGCUGACCUCUGUGGCUUGACCUUGCCUGCUAAAGCCGAACUACUCCUAGCUGCCCCGAAAGUUACCCAAGCCGUCUCUGCAGCCUUGCUUGAUUGCUACACAUGGAAACUUGCGGAAAAAGUCUACGGUCGUGGCAGUCGCACUGCCCUUACUACUCUUGCAUUGUCUGUCUGCAGCCCGUGGCAGUGGUUCUGCGCGACCCGAACACUAUCUAAUUGUCUUGAGACUACCAUCACUUCUGUCGCUAUUUACUAUUGGCCUUGGCAGGGUGCAGCAACAGCUAGCAAGGAUCCUGAUUUGCGGUGCAAGGCUCCAUUGCCGGGCUCUGCGUUCUCUGCAGACUACCGUGCCCCGAGGUCACCAGACCAUAAACCGACUGACGAUGCUAGCUCCGCCGUCCUGGUAUUGUCAGUCGCGACCGAUCGGCUCUAUUACAGGGUCUGGACUCUUCCGCCGCUUAGAUUUCUCUAUUUCAACAUCGCUCAGUCGUUAGCCGUCUUCUACGGGAGGAACCGCGGCGACUACUAUUUGACCGAAGGUUUGCCGUUGCUCCUCACGACAUCUUUGCCAUUUGCCGUUGUUGGCCUGUGGCAGUCGUUGAGGGGCUUAGAGCCACGUAGCCCAGCCAAAGGCGACAGCCCGGGUAAUACAGCAGCUUCAGGUCAAGAUACUGCGGCCAGUCAGAUACUAAGCCGUCUGUCAUGGACGGCGAUCGUCAUGACUACUACGCUGAGUUUGAUAUCGCACAAGGAAGUUCGCUUUCUGUACCCAAUCCUACCCUUCCUUCACAUCAUCGCCGCCAGGCCGCUCAGCAAGUUUCUACCUCCUCGCGCUGCGCUAUCGCACAAAGCAGUCGUUCUGUUCUUGCUUGCUGUAAACAUCCUACUUGCAGGCUAUGCCUCUCAAGUUCACCAGCGUGGAGUCAUCGAUGUACUCGCCCAUCUCCGCCAUGAACAUGAAACGCGCAACAGCCUAUUACACGUCCAUGGCAAUAGCGAUAAUAACGUCGCUGCUGUGACCAAUACAACAGUCGGCUUCCUCAUGCCCUGCCACUCCACACCCUGGCGCUCCCACAUCAUCUACCCUGAAAUCUCCGCAUGGGCUUUGACGUGUGAGCCACCCAUCGACAUACCGCUCUCGCAGCGCUCAACCUAUCUCGACGAGGCGGAUGAGUUCUACAUCAAACCUGGCCCUGUAGCUUGGCUCCGAGCCAAUAUGGAAGAUGUACAGACGAUCAAGGCGAGUGGAAGUAGGUCUGGUCAGCAUUGGAUGCGCCAGGAUCCAAAAUUUAAACGCAAGUACCGGCGUGAGUGGCCGCAAAACCUUGUUUUCUUUGAGCAGUUGGAAGGGACGCUGAAGGAGUAUCUUGAGGGCACUAGGUACCAGGAGUGUUGGAGGGGUUUCAACAGCCACUUCCAUGAUGACUCGAGGAGGACUGGUGAUGUGGUUGUCUGGUGCUUGGAUGGCGUGUGA